AUGUCAGAUUCGAAUAUACCAACCAGCAACUCGUGGGCUGAUCUGGAUGACGAGGAAGAUGGCAAGGUCACUUUCAAAGGUUUAAACCCAUCAGCAAAUUCGUUCAACCCUUCUUCUUCCUCCUCCUCUUCCACACAACAGCAACAGCAACAAGAACAACAACAGAGUGAGUAUACUUUUAUUUCCUGCAGGGAUAGUAUGUGUAAGAGGGAGGGACGUGCAUUUAUCCAUGCGUAUGCUGGUGGGAGAAGCUUACUGCCCUCGCGUACCAUACACGGAUACAAAGAUUAA